CGCCAGGGCAGCACGACUCGCUGCCCAGCGCGAGCAGCACGCAACGAUGAUGGGGGCCGCAGCGCUUCUGUGCGUGGUGAGCUUGUUAGAAGCCGCGGCUGGCAGCUACGUCAUGGACGACAGUAGCAUCAGAACGGCAGUCGCUGCGUGGGUCUCAGACAGCGCUGCUGCCGAGGCGGCGUACGGCCAUAUUUCUACUUGGGAGACUGGCGGGGUGACGGGCAUGAUGUAUUUGUUUUGCGGGACCUCAGCCGACUACUCUGGUUACUGCAACUCGGCCGCGGCGUCCUUUAACGAGGACAUUGGCGCGUGGGACACCUCCGGCGUCACGAACAUGCGCGGGAUGUUCUACAAAGCCUCGGCCUUCAACCAGGACCUCGGUGGUUGGGCGGUCCACAGUGUCACGGAUAUGGAUGUGAUGUUCUACUACGCCUCGGCCUUUAACCAGGACAUCGGCGCAUGGGACACCUCCGGCGUCACGACGAUGCCUGCGAUGUUCGCUUUUGCCUCGUCCUUCGCCCAGGACCUCGGCUGGUGCGUGGACGACGACGUGGACCUUACAAGCGCAUUCCACCACACCCCGUGCGCGUCGACGUCGUGCGGCGUCAAGCAAGUGGCAGGCGGCUGCGCGCCGACGUCAGCGCCGACGCCCGUACCGACGCCCGCACCGACGACGCCCGCACCGACGACGUCCGCGCCGACCGCGCCGACGCCCCCGCCGACAGUCACGCCCCGCAAAAAUUCGAGCUCCCGCGGCGGUCCCAUUCUGUUCAAAGGCGACGGUGCCCUUUUAGGGCUACUGUUUGCCGUCGGCGCGUGUUACUUCUGCUGCCGUCGGGAUAAGGCCGACGAGCCGAGUAGCGCCAAUCCAGAGCCGACCGAACUACCGCCACCUGAUGAGGAGUCUCUGGAGACGCGCGCCGCCGCCAAAGCCAAGGCCGCGGAGACCGCCGAGCGCCCGGGCUACACGAGGAAGCUGUCCUCGUUCCUGUUCGGGGAGCAGGAAGAAGAGCCCACCGCCCUCACCGUCGCGGAAGCCGAGGAGGCACCUUCGGCCGAGCAGCCGCCUCCGCCGACGCCUGCCGAGCCUGCCGCGCCGAAAGCCGAGGAGACGUACAACCAGAUCGCCGCCUGGUACAACGAGCCGGAGAACGCCGCGCUACGCGCAAGAUGGGGCGCGUUCCCGAACCCCGAAGACUUCCAGACAUGGCCCGGCUUCGUCGCGGUGACGAACGCAUUCCUCGACCGCGAGGCCGGCUAGUAGUCUUAAUACACCCGACC